AUCUAUGGUACAAAAAGCUGGGUGAUUUUCUUGAGCCUUUAUUACGGAUCCUGUGCUAGAAGAAAACACCACAGCCGGUUAAUAGCAGAGCCAGGACUUCCAAGAAAAACAGCAGACUUUGUCAGCCACAGUCAGAAUUCUGCGAAUAUAGAGAAUCUAAGAUGGCCGUCAACAAGCUUAAAGUUAUCAUGUUCCUCGGGACCGUGCGGGAAAACCGUAUUGGGGAACGAGUUGGGAUCUUCAUGAAAAAAAUCUUGGAGGAAACGGACCACGAAGUGGAAGUCAUGGAUCCAAAAGAGAUCGACUUCCCAUUGCUAAAGAAGGCCUUUCACCAUUAUGAUGAUCCGUCAGAUGCGCCCCAGUUUUUACAGGACUGUAACGCCAAGAUACAGGAGGCUGAUGCUUUUGUGGUCGUCUCUGCCGAAUAUAACCACAGUAUCCCGCCAGCUUUGUCCAAUAUGAUGGAUCAUUUUAGUCCGUCAGUGUACGCCUAUAAGCCGAGCGGGAUUGUCAGUUAUUCUCCGGGUCAGACAGCUGGGGUCAGAGCUGCCAUGCAGCUGCGCAGUUUUCUCGGCGUCCUCGGCUGCAUGAGCGUCCCCAGUAUCUUCGGCAUCCCGCAAGUGCACGAGGCCAUCGACGCGGACGGCGAACCGCUGAACAAGCGCAUGAGAGAGGGGGCGCUGGAGAUGGUGCAAGAGCUUGACUGGCACGCCCACGCCAUGAGGAAUCACAGGAUGAAAGUGGGCGUCCCCACCCAGUAAAUGAAACAUUUUUGGACUUAUUACUUUGUUUGUUUUGUUUUGUUUUCAAAGCUUUCUAAGUUAUGGCAUCUUUCUGUUUGUUUUCUUUUUUUAGUUCUUAAUCAUUGUACAUGCGUUCACACUGGUGAUGUUUCAGACCAAAACUUUAGGUCACCAGGUACUCGAAUUAUUAGAAAGACAAUGGGGACUCACUAGUUGAAGCUUAGCUUUUUAAUGAAAUAGUUUGUGUUGUCUGAACAGCUGUUUUAGGUUAAUCAUCGAUAUGUAGCAUGCCCCAUAAUGCCAAACACCAAACAUUUUACAUGGGAACAUUUAUCUAUAUCAGUAUUUACAAUGUUAAGUUAUACAAAAAGGUAACAGUUUGAGUGCAACUUAUUUUACAAUUUAUCCAAUGAAUCUUUUUGGAAAUACCUCCUGGAAAAUAUUACAAUUUUUUGUUUGAUUUGAUAGUCAAACAAUAUGUUUUCCCAUGAACACUUGAUUUUGUUAAUACUUGUGUAUCUGCAACACCAUGUAUAUAUUACUGUACGUUACUGUUUGUAAAACGCACUGCAUUAUCGCUCACAUAACGCGUUGGCCAUUUUUGAAUACUUUACAUGGUCACAAAUAAAUGUUAGAAGAUUAUUUUAUAUUUUGUAUAAAUUAUUUUGCAUGAAGUUCUGUAAGGAGCUUACCACCCUCGCCUCCAUUGGUAAUACUGGCCAAGUUAUAGACUAUCGUGUGGCAGUUAAGAUCCCAAAUCAAAUCAGUCCCCAGGCAGUGGCGGUCCCAGGAAAUAAAGGGCCUAGGCAAUUCAGGCACCAAGCAGUUAAGGCACCAUGCAGGAAGUAAAUAAAGCAGGAAGUGCAAGUUCCGGGGAAUAAAUUCCUAGGAAAAUGAAGGCUCCAGACAGAAAGACUUCAGAAAAUAAAGGCACCAGGCACCGGAAAGCACAAACAUCAAGAAAUAAAGACACAAGUCAGGAAACGAUGUACCCAGGCAAUGAAGGCACCAGGAAAUAAAGAAACCAGGAAGUUAAGGCACCAGGAAAUAAAGAAUCCAGACAAUGAAGGCACCAGGAAAUAAAGAAACCAGGAAGUUAAGGCACCAGGAAAUAAAGAAUCCAGGAAGUUAAGACGACAGGCAGUUUAAAUUAAAGGCUUCAGACGGUAAAGGCCACAGAAAAUCAAAAUUUCCAGCUGGCGAUGAAUUAACAUGGGCUACUCACAGCACAGGCACCACGCAAAAUAGAGCCCAAGCAGUAGGGGUCCCAGGCAAGGGUGACACUGUUCAAAGUGACCAUGGGUGACAAGCAACGUGGAUUCUUUCACCGCCACUUCUUACUUCUCUGUCAGUAUCGGGUGACGUACAUGUAAUUACCCUUUGAUGAAAGAAGUAAAUGUCCAUCUUGUGUUCCUCUACGUUGCAUACAGGUUUCUAGUUGUAUUAUUGCUCCGGAAAGGCCACCUCACAAGUUAAUCAAUUGCAUUGAUCAUCAUUUGUAAAUUUAGUUUGCUUCAUUCGGCAUGAUUUCGUUUUGUAAUUGUGUUAGACAAAUAAAUAAAGUU